AUGGCAGGCCUCCGCUUACCAGGAGACCCAUACUUUCCCAAUCAAGGAAAUGUCGGAUGGAUUGAAAAAGAGCCCGGAGAACCAAUUGAAGAGGACCCUGAAAAGGAUCCCGAAGAGGAACCCGAAGAAGAAGAAGACGAGGUAGAUGAAGAAGAUGAAGAGGAAGGCGAGGAGGUAGACAUGGAUGAGGAUGAAAGUGAAGAAGAACCAAAAGUCUUCAACCUUCCUUACAUCGCCAGGGUGCCUGCAAACCACUUUGGCUAUAACAGGCCUGAGCCCCGUUGGGCAACAUUGAUCGAGAGGUGGAGCCGACAACAACGACAACGGUCACCAUAUGGCGACCAAAGUGGUUACUACAACCUCAGCCACAGGGGACCGGCUGACAGAGCCCUCCGCGUCAUGGUCCAACAUAUCACGAAUUUGGGGAACCAGAGUAGGGAAAUGGCAGAUCAGGUUCGAAAUCUCAGCGUUGUUAUGGCAGCCACCGAUGCACGCACAGGGAUUUGGAGAGGGACUUCUAUCCAGUGGACCAACUUAUCGAGGACCAUACCAUUGCUCGAGCGGAGAACUAUGCCGCCAAGGAAAAGACCAAGACCUUCCAGCAGCACAACAACACCUCCUCCACUGCCGCCACCACAAUUUGACCCAGCAAUGUUCCAGGUUGCACCCCACAAAAUCAAUACGCGAGAACUCUUCGCAAGUGCAACAAGUGCAACUUCUACCACACCGGUGCUUGUCGGGAAAUGCACUGCAGUAAUUGCAACAGGAAGGGGAACGCUACUCGAUUCUGUUAAGUACCAACCCAAUCCGCCCCUCAAGUUGCCCCGGACGCCAACACCGGAGCAAGCAAAACCUGUUAUGGCUAUGGAGAGGCAGGGCACUUCAAAAGAAACUGCCCAAAAGCACAAAACACCAAUGCCGGAGGUGCAGGAAGAGUCGUAG